GGAUAUUCAAAAAGCAACGUGUUCCCUAAAACCAUGAGGAAGUAGCAGAACAGAGCACGCAAAGAAACCUUCAAAAACCAAUUUAACCACACGCGUACUGUAGCCUUAGCCCUAGCCUCACCCUGCAACCCAUCUCCAUAUAUAUAAUACAAAGCCCCUUUCAUCAUCUCCAUACCCUUUUUCUCUCCAAUUCCGAUUUCUCCUCUCUGUUUCCUUGCCUGAAAGCUACUCCUUUUUCUUGGGUAUAUUGGAAACCAAACCAGCCUGUUUCUUUAUAAUCAACGAAAUAGAUCACCGAAAGAAACGAGACCUUUUUGUUGUCCUUGUGAAUGGUGGAAAUCUUAAGCAGUAGUAAUUACAUGCUCUCCCUUUGCCAAUCAAGGGCGGGCGUUGUCUCUGCUGCCUCUGCUUUUGCUUUCGGAUCUUGCAAGGAAGGCUGGUAUUACCGCUGCCUCGGCGUAGACCCCUGAACUCUCAAAUCUCUAUCGAAUUUCAUUGUUUUAGAGAAUUUUUUAUUUUUGAAAAAAAAGCAAGAAACCUAAUUCUCUGUUUUUAACCAUUAUUCGAUCUCCAUUGGGAUCUUCUUUUAUUUGUUUCUUUUUUUCGAUUUUAUUCAAAAACCAAAACGGUUUCCUUUAGAUUUGUUUUUUCGAAAGAGAAAACAAUGUUGCUUUACAAGCCGAAGAAGAAUCAGCCCGCUAAGGGCAACAGGCUCUUGAUUAGUGUGACAGUUUUGGGGAGUGCGGGGCCGAUCCGUUUUGUGGUGAAUGAGGAGGAGCUUGUCGCUGCUGUUAUUGAUACUGCGCUCAAAUCUUAUGCUCGUGAGGGUCGGCUUCCGGUCCUUGGCUCUGAUAUCAACGAUUUCUUCCUUUAUUGUCCCAAUGCUGGGUCAGGAGCUCUGAGCCCAUGGGAAACAAUUGGAUCACUGGGGUCUCGCAAUUUUAUGCUAUGCAAGAAGCCACAACCAGUUAAGGUGGAUGAUGAUGCAAGAUCAAAUUCAGCAAUUACUCAAAAGGGGAGUGGGAGUUGGAAGUCAUGGAUUAACAAGUCCCUCAAUCUUAAGAUCUCUUCUCAUUGAUUGAGUUUCAAGUAAUGGAAGAUAUCAGCUCCUUAUGAACUUCCGACUAAUGGAAUUUGUUCUCGGUUACUUCGUUUUUUCUAAUUUCAUCGAAUUGCCAAGUUGAAUUUGGUCAUGUUCCCUUGGCUAAUAUCAAAUUGCUUUCCUUGUUUGAGUUAGAAACCUGAAGAGUUGUCAUUCAGGGAAUAAAAUUUGUAUUCUGGCAAGUUUUGCUUUGGAAUAAAAAAUUGAGAUAAUUUUCAAUA